CACACGGCUAACAUGAAGCUCCUUCUGAUUAUAUCCGUGAUUUGCUUCGCGGCAGCUCUAGCAGCGCCGGCUGACAAGGAGAAGAGGGAAAUCCUGCCGGGAGAUCCGCGCUACGGAACCGACUACCACCAUAAUCACCAUCAUCAUUAUGAACACGAGAACGAAGUACAGAUCUCGAAAGCCGCCGGCGGCUACGUAGGUUCUGUCACAGUUCCAGAAGAGACAGCAGACCAGUCGCCUCAAGUACAAUCUCUGACGUCCUACGGACCGCCCAACUAUAAUCCCGGCAAACCUUUAGGCCCAGAUUACUCCACGGCUAGCGACACUGUCCAAAAUUCUGUCGUCCAGGUGCCGGCCACUUCUUACGGAGUACCCGACACUCAGAUUAACAAUUACGUAGAACCCACCGCUGACGACAAAUCAAAUGCAGUUAUUAAGACUAACUUGAACAUCGACUAUCAAGCACCAUCUGUCGAAGCGCCCAUCACGUCUUAUGUCGCUCAGGAACACGUUCACUUCCCACAGACUUCGUAUGAAACUUCCGCGGUGAAGACUAACGUACAGAACCAGCCUCAAGUCGAGACUUUGCACGUGAAAUCUACUUUUCCUGAAGUACACCACGAAGUUCAACAUGUACAACCAGCAGUAGUACACAAGGAGACCGUCUCCGUGCCACAAGUGAAGGCAACAACGUCUCACGUCCAGACUCAAGGAGUCCAACACAGCGUAAGCAGCCUGCCUUCCUACGCCUCCUCCAUCGAUAGUUUUCCCAACUACAACUUUUACUCCUCGUACCCUUCGUACCCCUCGUACUCCUCGUACCCCUCGUACUCCUCGUACUCUUCGUACGACAAUAUACCUGUGAAGACUGUGAAUCACCGCGUCAACGUACAAGUGCCUCAACCGUAUCCGGUACCAGUAACCAAACACGUAACAUACCCCGUUCCCGUUCCUCACACCGUCGAAGUUCCUAAGCCUUACUACGUUCGCGUAGCCCAGCCUGUUCAGGUGACCGUAAACCGUCCGUAUGCUGUGGAUGUGCCCCGUCCGGUGCCAUACCCCGUUCCUCAAUACAUCAGAACCAACGUUCCGGUCGUUCAGCAGCAGCACAUAAACACACUGGACGCCACUAGAGCAAGCAAUCCGAUCGAGGGCUUCUUCGAGAACGCCCAGUCUACAUUCCAGAAUGUGGUAGGCAACUUGCCAAGCUUCCAGAACCCGUUGGAGAGUUUCCAGAAUGCUUUCCCGAAUUUCGAGCUGCCGUCUUUCCCUUCACUGCCGUCAUUCCCGUCAUUGCCCCAGGGAACCUCAGCCCCGUCUACGAUCAGCAACAUUAAUGUACCGGCCGUGAGCAGCGCCGAUUCGGUUGCGAUCGAAAAUCCGGUGCUGAAGACCGAGAGCACAGUUACAAAGACUGCCAUCGCACAACCGGUCGUCACGCAUCACGCCAGGCUUCACCAAACCAUACAAUCAGGGGUUAAACCCGCCACCACGUGCGCCGGCUGUUCCGUCUCCGCCACCCACGUCACUACCAAGCACAAGGAACACGUGCUGCCUACCGACAUCAACGGUUAUAAUUAUUAAUAAAAUGUUCAUCUCUUGUAAUGGACAUUGAAUAGACUACUGGAAUUUCUCAGUGGAAAUGCCAACCAAUUAUUCGACGCAGGAUUUAUUUCUAAAGUGUUGGAUUGAUUGAAGAGUUCGUUUCCUUCAACAGUUGAACAUUUUCAUUGAUAUUUAAUCCUUAAAUGUAUAGAGAUGUAAGAGAUAAAUAUUUUUAAUAUCUGCGAUUAAUUCGAAAGUAUCUUUUUCUUUUGGGUAAUUUUUAAAGAAAUUUUUAAGUUAUGUCUCGACAAAUAGUAGCCAGUUUAAAUUUAUAUUAACAUUUGCGAACUAGGAGACAA